GAUUCGUUCCUGCUGAGUUUGCGCCGAUAGAAGCCAACACUUUCUCAACUACGCCCCAAACACACACACACACUGCACUGGCACUAUCUAACUAACUAACCGCCUGGUGUGGCAGCUAACGCCAUAGAUGUUUAAUUCCUGCUCCUGAAGACGUAGCCGCCAACGAGUUCGUGUUUGAACGAGGCUUUUAGGCUUCUUCCUCCACCAUGGUUGGGUCCGGCUAGCGAACCAGGCCGCCGCUGGAGAUAUUUACGACUCACGGGAGAAGCUGUCCGGUCUGCCCGGGAGAAAGGAGCCGCAGAAAUAACAGUGGCCACAUUCUUAAAAGGCCGCUUUGUUGGUCUUGUUGUGACCGCGGUGCUACGGUGUUAUAACAAAGGGAAGGAGGACGAGGAGCGGACACCGUCGUUUCCUUCUGUCCGUUGACCAUGCGAGGUGAUCGGAUCUCCGCGGAAGAAUGUGUCGCUCUCUCCGGGCGUUAGCUCAGCCUCGGCUCAAUGGCCAACAGUAACAACAUGCUUAUGGCCUCCGCCGUGGUGGUGUGGGAAUGGCUGAACGAGCACGGCCGGUGGCGGCCCUACAGCCCCACCGUGUCCCACCAGAUAGAGGCGGCCAUACGGAGCAGCGACCCCCGCGGAGGGAGUGUCGUCCUCGGCCAGGUGGACACCCGACUCUCGCCCUAUAUCAUAGACCUCCAGUCCAUGCACCAGUUCAGACAGGACACAGGAACCAUCCGUCCGGUGCGAAGGAGUUUCUAUGACCCCACCUCGGCCCCAGGUCAGGGCUGUCAGUGGGAGUGGGAAAACGAUGCAGGAACAUGGACACCCUAUGACAUGGAGGUGGCCAUUGCCAUUGAGAGUUCCCACAACCGCCAACAGCCCUGCCUGGACCUGACACCGCUUGGCUUCUGCUACCUCAUUGACUUUCAGAACAUGACACAGGUGAACAGACAGAGCCAGAGGUGUCGGAGGAUCCAGAGGCGCGCUGACAUGACCUACCCUCUGGUGUCUGGUCCGCUCCCUGUACCCAAAGGUGUUGGAGUGGGUGGAGGGCUAACGGGAGCGUUGCUUGGUGUUGGAGUGUCAGGGGCCAGCAUGGGGACUGGAAGCUCUGUCUAUCCUAAUGGAGGCUUACCAGCUACUGGACUGGGCCAGCCUUGUUCCUGCCAACAGUGCUUGUUGGUCCUAAGUGUGAAGAACAACACAGGAGGAGCAGGGAUACAGACUCUAGGUAGACGCCCCCUUACCGUGCAGCAGCCCAAGAACUCGGCACCCAUGGCCUCCAGACCCCUGAGUCCAUCCAAAUCAGCCACUCUGGGGCGAGGACAGCUGCAGAACUCCCUCUCCAACUCCAGCUACUAUCAGACGUUGCCACAUGGCCUCGCUAUCUCCAGAAACACUGCCUCUCCCAGAAGGAAUGCCCAGCUCUUUGCUCAGUCCCUGGCCGCUCUCACCGCUGGCACCUCCUCUCUGGCUCUCACCUCGUCUUCCAACAGGCCGCCUCCGCCCUCCCUGCCGCCGCCACAGCCACCAUCAUCCAACCCCAGCGCGAACCCUCCGUCUCUGCCGGCCAAGCACUCCUCAUCCUCAGCCAGCGAUUCAGUGCCAACUGCCACACUAAUAACCCCAGCCUGCAAUGUGACCAUGCCCCCUUCACCUGUGCCAUCUCCAUCACCAAUGGUCAUGAAGCCACAGCGUGUACCGUCGUCGACAGCGUGCCAUGCCCCAUUACCACAGAGGUCAAGCUUAGCCGGGCUGAGCAGACCAGCUUUACAGAGGAUUGCUAUGGCCCAGUCCAGAGCACUCAUAGCAUCAGGUGUGCCCACUGUCCCAGUGAAGAACCUCAACGGAUCCAGUCCUGUUCACCCUGCACUGGCUGGGAUCACAGGGAUCCUGAUGAGUGCUGCUGCUCUGCCCGUGUGUCUGACCAGGCCUCCUAAACUGGUGCUGCACCCUCCACCUGUCAGCAAGAGUGACAUCAGACCAGUGCCGGGCUUUGGCCACUGCUGCAGGAAGACGACAAAGAAGCAGGCUCGCAAAGGUAGAACUCCAGAGGAGGUGGUAAAAAAGUACCUGCAGAAAGUCAAAAAUCCACCAGAAGAGGACUGCACCAUCUGUAUGGAGCCACUGGGGGGUCCGUCUGGAUACAAGGGUCCAGGGGUGGGGCCUGUUUCCAAGGCAGAGUCAGUAGGGAGACUAGCACAGUGUGGCCAUCAAUACCACUUCCAGUGUUUAGUGGCCAUGUAUAACAACGGCAACAAGGACGGCAGUCUUCAGUGUCCCACGUGUAAAACCAUCUAUGGCGUGAAGACAGGCAACCAGCCUGCAGGGAAGAUGGAGUACCAUGUCAUCCCUCACUCUCUGCCGGGACACCCCGACAGCAAAAGUGUACGCAUCAUCUACAACAUACCGCCAGGAAUUCAGGGACCAGAACAUCCCAACCCCGGGAAACCCUUUACUGCCAGAGGCUUUCCCCGACACUGCUACCUCCCAGACAGUGAAAGAGGACGCAAGGUACUGAGACUGCUCCUGGUCGCGUGGGACCGCAGGUUGAUCUUCUCAGUUGGAACGUCGAGCACUACAGGAGAGUCCGACACUGUCAUCUGGAACGAGGUCCACCACAAGACGGAGUUUGGCUCCAAUCUGACGGGCCAUGGCUUCCCUGACCCCGGACACCUGGACAACGUCCUGGAAGAGCUCCGAGCUCAGGGCAUCACAGAAGACGACGCGCUCGUGGAGAAAUGAGAGGACAGAUCGAGUGUGAGCGAGGACAGGAGUGGGACAAUUACCAGAGGACAACAGAGGAGGUCCACCAGCACUUAGAAAAGGAGGUGCCGGGGUUGUGGCUCACCUGUCAGUGCCAUUCUGUCCAGACUUUGAUGAAGCAGCACCACAGAGAGCAAAAGCAGUGCAGGGGAAAUUCACUCACAGCGAGGUUCUAACUGUUUGAAAGUAAGAAAGAAACCGGUACUAACAUUUAGGACAAGAAACAAGAAACAAGUUGACUUUACUGAGACAAGGAAUCAGAGAGACGGAGAGUGGGAGGGUUCAGAAGGGUUCAAUAACGAGAGGGAGUGAAAGGACAAAGGAAAGGAGACGUGGAUCAGUGGGGGGGGGGGGGUCACUGGAGGAACGACAGCAUGAUUAAAGAAGCAGAAAGAGAGACUGGAGUAUGAAUGUAGAAUAGGACAGGAGUAGAGAUUUAACUUGUGACACACUGUUUCUGCUACUUAAGCAGCAGUGAUGAUGGAAGGACAGACAGACAGACAGGCAGGCAGACAGACAGAACUGUGAGUGCUCUUUGUUCAAACCACCUGCCUGCUCGUGCUUAAAGUCCAGUGCCGUUGCUCCCUCUUGUGGUGUACCUCAUGAACUGCACCUCGCAUUUUCCAAGCUACAGGAACAAAACAAGAACGGUACCAUGGAGUUAUUUAUAUCCACCUGAAUCCAUACUUUAAUCCUCAUUUAACGUCAUUCCAUAACUUUACCUCUCACGUAUGACUUCAUGGUUUUAUAUGACGUUAUUUUAUUUUGUUUAACUUGACAAAAGACCAAACUAAGGCCUCGACAUCUGAGCUUAUUUGAAGUCUUACUUUUGGGUCAGUGUGGUACGAGUUAACCUUUCAUACACAGGUACCAGUAUUUACAUGUAAAUGUGUAUUUUAUGUUGUCCCUUUGUGACGGUUCAUUGGCUGUAGAUGCUGAUAGUUCAACACCAGUGAGACGAAGCCGAGUCCAUGCUUCAGUGUCUGGUUCUAGUGGAAGACGUUUCAGCAUCCACACCGUGUGUGUGUGUGUGUGUCUGAAAGCACAUGCAGUCUAUAUGCAGUCCUCGUGUGUGUGUGUGUGUGUGAGUGCCAAAAACAAAGUCCUUUGAAAAAUGUUGAGUUUUGUUGAAACUGAGACCUUUUGAACCGAAAUCCCUGUUUGGGAUUUUCCAUCGUCGUCAUCAAUGUGCUGGUACCGACUCAUCUGGACACACACGUACACACACGUACACACAAAGUCAGUAUUCAGACAAUAAUGUAGUCGUGUGGACCUGGUCAGUGUUAGGACCAGGUCCAGGAUCAUAGCAUCAUUUGAAAAUAAUGGAACAUUUCCAGAUCCUGAGAUUGAUUUGGCUCCAGAACGGCGUCUUCACAUCACUUCCUCUUUGAAAUGAAGACUUGUGAACACACAAGGGCUGCAGAUAAUUCAUGUUUUUAUAAUCAAUCCUUCUUUUCAUGAAUUUUCUUGAUGAAUCGAUGAGGUUUGUUGGUGAAGAACAUGUUAAAAAUGUCGAUCAGUGUUUCCCAAACCUCAAAAUUAUGAUUUCCCCAAUAAGUUUCAAUGAUUUCUUUGUUAUAAUAUAUUAAAGAUUCAUGUUUAAGAAGCUGAAAAAGCAGACAACAGUUUCAUCAGUGAUCAAAAACUGUUGUCUUUCAACGUUUUUAAUGAUGAUUCCAUUAGAUAUGAUUUCAGUGUAAUGUAAAAGACAUGAUGUGGGUGAGAGGAUGAUGUUUUCAGCCUCACCACUCGCAGGAGGCACUGAGCAGUUCCAGGGCUGUGCACAGAGGAAGCAGGGGCUCCCAUCUCUGCUCCAGCCCCGGCAACAGCUGCCUGUGCUGCGGAGGAACCCUCAAAAAAAUAAUAAUUUUAAAGAGAGUUGCACAAUAAACACAAUUGAAACACAAUGUGGGCGGAGCAUCUCAGAAGGGAAACCUGAGAUUACCACAUGACUGAGAUUAGAGAUUGAGAUCAUCUGAGUUAGCUACCGUCCCAAAACGUCCUUAUUUACCACGUGAUCUGCCUACUGGAGCUUUAAUCACUGACCAGUGAUCUUAUGUCCACACAUGGUGUGUGUGUGUGUGUGUGUGUGUGUCUCCUCCCACUUUAGCUUUUGAUGCCACGACUUCUUAAUUAUUGUUUUUAAUCUAAAACAUAGUUACUUGUUAGCAUUAUAUUAUAGAUGAAUUUGCCUUUUUCAUAUAUGUUGUAGUCAUGAUACUCUUUUUUUAUUUGUUACGAUUGUUUUUACUGUUUAACUGUGUACAGCCUUGAAGCUGAUUUAAACUUGUCUUUUCUUUGGAAAAGGAAUUUGAUGGUAGACUUUUAUCUGAGUGUAAAACGUGCUAAAUUUUAAAGUCGAACCCAAGUACUCUUGCUCGUCUGUGAGGUAACGGAUACUUAAAGCUGCUGUCAGUGACUUCCUGUCCACGUCAGCCCAUGGCUGUGUGUUGAGGGGGCGGGGCAUUUAUUUACAGACAAAUAGCCUGAUGGGGCGUUCCAUUUGGAGUCACAACUCGGAAUUUCCAAGGUCGCAAACUCAACAAGAUGGCUGCCACCACCCUUUGCCCCUGAAUGUCACUGGUGUGGUGUUUGUUAGUUUCACACUCUUUAUAUAACUUUUGUUUUUAACUUUUGUUUUUAACUGUAGACACAUGUUGCCAUGCAGUCACUAAUGACCUUUGCUAACAGCGGCUCGCCCCAGUUACAUUUGUUUUGUGCGACUUCUCAGCUGGAACAUGGUAAAUUCUGGGCCGGCGUCACUCCCAGUUCUGCCCCUUUAUGACUUCAGGCUUCUGAUUGGACACAGUGUUCUCUCACAUGUGUCCAUGAGUUGUUGACUGAUGCUGGGACAGACAAACAGGACCUUCAUCAACUCUCCAAACUGUCUGUCAGAAGCUUCUCUGUUUAACCCGAGCCUCACGUGUGGUCACGUGAUUGUGUCAGAACUAUUUCUUUUCUCCACGGAUCUUAAACCUUAGAGAUUAUUUCACUGACAGCAGGUUUAAAUAGUCUUUUUAUUUUCUUUGUUUACAUAUCGUCUGUGCAGCUCCUGGUCUGCACUGAGCUUCAGCUCCUGGUUUCAUGUCCUCAUCUCUUUCAUCAUCACAGCGAUUCAUGUGCAGGUGACGUGGUGAAACUGGUUUAUUUUUUUAAAGCUAUGAAAUGUUCUGAAGAUGUUUUUUUGUCCUUGUGUUGGAGCAGUUUACUUUAAAAUGACACAGUUACUUACAUUGACUUUAACGUGUCUGUCUGUUAUUAAAGGAAAGGUUUUGGUUAAUAAACGUUCAUCUACCGAGA